AAAAUUGAAAAUACUGUCAGCGUCACUAACAACUGUCAGCCAUUGGUGAAAAGGAAACAUCACACGUAAAAGUGAAAAAUUUAAGUGUCCACAAUCGUUUCGUUUUCAAAAAAUGCCGCCCAAAAAGAUGCAAUGUGAAGUCCGCGGUUGCGAAAAACGUUCGAAAGGGAUCGAUGCCAACUCGUUAACCCUUCAUCGAUUUCCGUUGGAAGUCACCGAGGCCGAGCAGUGGAGCCGCUUUUCGGGAAGUGCCCAUGCGCUGGACCAGUUCCAACAGUUCGGUUCCGUGGGCGUUCGCAAGUUGUGGAUGUGUUCGCAACACUUCGAGCCGCACUGCUACAAGGCCAUGGGUUCGAAGGCCAAUCUUCGGUACGGGGUAGUACCGACACUGAAUGGGCCAUCGGAUGAACCGGAGGAGGACGACACGACGGCGCCAAACGAAACCGUUGGUGGUGACUGCGACGCAGAGGGCGGCAAGAAAAAGACGGCGACCGUUAGCGAAGAGGGCAGGGAUUCGUCGGAUGCAGGAACCGAACCUCAACAAAGUGCCGCGAAAAGGAAGAAAACGUAUCUCGACGAUCCAUUUUUCGACUUCCUCAAAGACAAUGACGGCGACUCGAGUGGCAGUGAGCAACCGCUGGUGCAGCAAAUACCAAGCAAACCUCCCGCAGAUAAACCGUCGUCGACCGUGCCUUCCAAGCCUAAAAUCCGGCGAACUCACGCGCCUUUUUGCGUUUGCAACAUCUGCCGCACUAACCGCGCCGCCAAAGCCAUGGGCCAGGGUUUCUCGCCGAACAAAGCCAUCCAAACCAUAGACAGCGGCCCGCAACCGGAUGCAUCGCCGGUCCCGGUGGGCACUAGCCAGGAUUCGUGUCGACUGUGCUUCAGCAACGAACAGCUGGAACCGCUUUGCUCCGGAAUGAUCGUGGUGCGGGACGAGAUGCUGGACAAAAUCUACGUUUGCACCGGAAUAUUGAUCAUACCUCGCCCGAAAGUGUCGAUGUUCAUCUGUACGCCAUGUGCACAGCUCAUCAACAGUUUUCAUGCCUAUCGACAGCAGGUUUGCAGCAAUAAUCGCGCCCUUUUGAAGACGAUUGAAUUGAAAGCCUCUGCGACGACGAAGGCUGCCCCCAAGAUCCAAAAAGUUUCACCGCUUCCGCCUUCCACAACCCCACUAGUCAAGCCAGUAUUAAAACCCGUUGUGAUCAAGCGAAAACCUCCGGUGGGACUUGCACCGGUGAUUGACGUAUUCAGCAGUCCUUCGCCAGCACAAUUUCGUAAGAUUGCUCCCAAGAUACCCAUGGUGGUGCAACCGGAAAUACAGGUUAAUACGCCUAUCAAGGAUGAAGCGGAUGACCCCCUGGAAGGAUGUGGCAGAAUGACUCCGAUUCCGUCGGUUGUGAUGUCGCCCGUAGCAAGAAAAUCGAACAUACUGAUAAACUUUCAACCAAAGCCCAUAGCCACUACGAGUAAACCUCUGGCGGUGCCUACACAGCUGUACAUGGAGGCGGAAGAGGGCCAGGAAGGAUUGCCGGAGGGAGAGCGUUGGAAAUGCUGGCACUGCGAAAAUUCUUUCCCGUUCCAGUUCGAGUGUGCGAAGCAUCUGCUGCAGGUGCACGAGGAGAAUGUGGGCUCGAUCAAGCGGCGCUUGAACUUGGACGAGCUGAAUGCCAACAUGCUGCAAAUGAUGAGUAUGAAUCAGAAGAAGUAGGGCGGCAAUGAAGGAAUUAUAAGAUUAUUGAUAAGGUUAAACUAUGAUUCAAAGCACUGAUUUAAAAUUUUGAAAUUUAAUAAUUAUCACAAAUAAAGAAGUUCAGGACAUA